AGUGCGCAUGCUCGGGGGCGGGCGAGUGCGCAUGCUCGGCUCAGGCUGUGAUGGCGGCGCCGAGCGGAGAGUCACGUGUGGUGUUCACACACAGUGUUUCCAGUCUUCUCCACAACUGGUCCUGUCUCCAGAUUGCGGUGGACAAUGGCUUCGGGGGUCAGUACAGCCAACAGAAGGCCGAAUGGAUGGCCGGAGUCCUGGCUCAGUAUUUCCUCGACAACGCGGAUCUGGACACACAGGAGGUGGAAGAUUAUAUAUCCGAACUGAUGUAUAAUGAGUUUGACACGGUUAUUGAGGACGGCAGCUUGGCUGAGGUGGCUGCGCAGACCUGCACUUUCUACAAUCUGUGCUGCCGGGGCCAGGAGGCAGAGGUCAGGGAUCGGAUCCAGCAGUUGGCAGAGAAGAGACAGAGAGUCAGAGUGGAGGUGACGAAGGGGGAAAGCCCAGGGGAGGAGGAGGAGGAGGAGGAGGAGGAAGGCAGUGAGGAUGGAGAGGGGAGCGACGAGGCAGCGGAAGCCAUGGAUUGUGACGGACACUGUGGCCCUCUGUCGGGAGGGGCCGCGCUGCCCGCAGGCCCCUCCCAGCCCAAACCCGAGGAGGAGGGGGAGGCGGACGGCUGGACAGUCGUGCAUCGAAAAAGAAAAUAAAACCAGUCUCGAGGAAGGGCCGCGUGCGAGUCCGGUCACAAAGAGCCGGGGCAACACGUGGGCUGUUUCAGGAGCGAGGGAGCGUGCGACGGGAGGAGACGAGAGCGAGGGGGCGAGCGAGGAGGAAGGCCCGUCGGAAUAUUUAACUUUUGUUCAAUUUUUUUUUAAAACUCUUGUUUCGUUCAAAAAGAAA